AUGGCUCGAGGAGAGUGGAGCCGCUUGACGGACCUGGCGGACGCCGGCCUUGUCCGCCCCGCGGCACGGUCCGAGCACGUUGCAGCCUGGGACGAAGUUAAUCAGGUGCUGCUGAUCCAUGGAGGAAGCAACCUGGAAGGCGACUUGUGGGCUUUCGACGCCGCGUCGGAAGCGUGGACCCGCACGGUGACGGCCGUGGCGCCGGCAGCUCGUGCUGCACACGCAGCUGGCUGGGAUCCUGCCAAUCACGCACUUUGGGUGCAUGGCGGGUACAACAGCCAAACAUUAGCUUGGUUUCGAGAUGGAUGGAGACUCCAAUCCGGUGCGUGGACACUCGAGUUUGACGAUGCUGGGCCUUCCUCAAGAGAGGCACACGUUGCUGUCUGGGAUGAAAGCACCGCUGCACUUUGGGUACACGGUGGUUGGACCGGUACGCGCCACCUGUCGGAUUUGUGGAGGUACAACUCCAAUGCCCAUGGAUGGGAGGAGUUGUUACCACCCAGCGGCACACCGUCAGGACGCUCAUCUCAUGUGGCAGUCUGGGAUACCACAGGACAUGCGAUGUGGUUACACGGUGGCUACGGGGAUGCACUGCUGGCAGAUCUGUGGACCCUACAUGCAGCCACGCUCACUUGGACAGAAGUCGGGCCAUACGGCAGUGUGGGAUGA